AAGGGAGAACAGCAGAGAGGUAGGGACGUCUUAUUUGACAUAUUUUACAGAAGAUCAUUUAGGCAGAUACAUUUUGUAAUUCACCUUGCAAAAGUCAAACUUCCUUAAAUAUCUGCAAUGGCUUUUAGAGCAUUUACACAAACACAUAUCUAUGAAAAGCAAUCAGCCCCAAAAGAAAAGGACAAAUCCAGCAUCCAGUGCCUUGAGUGCUAUGACCGAAAUGUGUAUAUAGGGACCAAAGACGCAACAGUCCAGCAUUUCAUCCUUCCCAGUAGCACAAAUGGAGACCUGAGUUCUGGCCAGAGCAAAAUCAGAGAGGGUAGGUUGAGAAAACUAGGCUCAAGCAACCAUGUAGCCCAACUGAGGAUAGUCCCACUUUUCAACUAUCUGCUGGUCCUGUGGGACCGGAGCGUUACUGCCCUCAACAUGUUCUCCUUGGAGCCUGUUCCCACCCUGAAGAAGAUCCAGCAUGUGUCUUUGUUUGAGGUGUGCGACUCGUUGCUCGCAGCCCAGACAGCAUGUGUGGAGAUGGUGACUUCCUCCAGCCGCAGGAAGGUGAUCCGGAUCCACGUUGUGGGAGUGGACAGGUGGGACGUUGUAAAGGAAGUCCCUCUGCUCCAGGACCCUGUGGCCUUGGCAGUAGAUGGUGCCAGUGUUUGUGUAGCUACCAGCGACAGGUAUCUCCUCUGUGAUAUUCGGACUGGGAGCAGUGAAGAGCUUUUCCCUCACAAUCACAGCAGGCAGCGUGUUAUUGUUACCUCAGUGGGACGAGGGGAAUUCCUCCUGAACGGACCUGAAUCUUUGGGCAUGUUUGUGAUGAAGACAGGGAUAUGCCAGCGCCCUCCCCUGCAAUGGCCUCAGGAGGUGCUGGCAGCCGGAGUGUGUUUCCCUUACAUCCUAACCCUAGAGCCCCAAGUGCUGUCUGUCUACAGCAUGGUAGAUCAGCAGAUCAAACAGACUGUGAGUCUCAGCGGCGCAAAGGGUCUGCUCUCCACAUCAGAUGGUGUGUUAGUGUUCACAGAGAGAGACAUUUUCAGCCUGCGUCUGGUGCCACUCGAUCAGCAGAUCCAGGCACUCGUCAGGCAUGAGAGGGUCGAGGAGGCCUUGUUGCUGCUGGACGGAGUUCAAGGCCAUCUUCCACUUGACUCAUACAAGGAGCUGCAGAAGGCCAUCACUUGCCUGGCUGGAUUUGUUCAUUUUUACCGGGAGGGUUUUUCCGAGGCCAAAGAACUAUUCAUUAUAGGUGAGCUGGACCCCAGAGAAAUCAUUCACCUCUACCCUGACAUGCAGCCAUGUCUCAGCGAGGACUUUAAAUCCCAGCUUGAUCAAGUGAACAAGGGCAAGGAUCUCCAGGUGCUCUGCCAAGAGGACAGGAACACAUUUCAUCAUUACCUGGCCUUCCUGGGAGAUUUUCUUAGAGCAGUCAGAGGGACGGAGCAAGGCCUGAAGUGUCCUCAGGAGGUGGACUGCGCCCUCCUGAGGCUGUACUUAGAACUGGGAGACACUGAAAAUCUGCAGCAGCUUGUGGCAUUUCCCAAUGAGUGCAGGAUGGACCACUGUGUUCCUGUUUUGGAGAAACACAACAGAUUUUUUGCAUUAGGUUCCCUCUAUCAAAGCCAUGGAAAUCAAAUUGAUGCAAUUGAGACUUGGGUGAAAAUUGCAGAUGGCUUCCACAAAGACCCCUCUUGCUCAGAUGUAUAUGGACACAUAGUGUGGACUCUCAGUCAGCUGCAAGACAGAGAUGCUGUGUGGACAUUUGCAGACUGGACUCUUCAGAGAAACCAGGAGAUAGGGGUGCAGAUUUUCAACAAGCGUCCACAAGAUGAUCAAUUUGAGGCUCAAAACGUCCUUUCUCUCUUGGAGAAGUACCCACUGGCGUUGCUUUUGUAUCUUGAGUUCUUAAUCCAUGAUUUGAACAGUAAGGAGGAGAGACAUCACAACCGUCUGGCCCUGGCAUAUGUUACUCAGACGCUGCGAGAGGAAGAAAAAGCAGAUUUCAGGAAGACCAGAGGAAAGUUGCAGCAGCUGCUAUGGGAAUCCAAAUGCUAUGAUGUCUCCACUGUAUACGAGAGAGUCAAGUCAGCAACCCUGCACAUAGAGAAAGCCAUUCUCCUCGGUAGGACCGGUGAACACUCUCAGGCACUGCAAGUGCUUGUUCACCAGGAGGGAGACCUCCAGGCUGCAGAGGCCUACUGCUGCAGGGCUGCCCAGGGCCGGGACUCACAGUUCAGGCAGACCCUGCUGCUCACGCUCCUCCAAAUCUACCUGAGCUCUGAGGCGCUCACCAGCGCUGCUGUGGAUCUGCUCAACAACAACCCUCGGGUCUUUGUGGCAGAGAAGAUCAUCCAGCUCCUGCCUGAUUCCUGGUCUAUUCAACUGGUCUCCCAGUUCUUAGUUAGAUCUCUCCGAGAGUCCUUCCACCAGAGGCAGAUGGUGAGGCUGCAGAAGGCUUUGGGCCAGGUAGAGUGCAUGCGGCACAAAGCCAUUUGGCAGAUGCAGGCCUCAAAUACAAAGUUCAGACUGGGCAAGGGGCAGAAGUGCAAGGUUUGUCAGAGAGACCUUGCAGAGCCACAGUUUGCCUGUAACCUCCAUGGUGAGCUGAUGCACACAAGCUGCACUGGCUUUUCAUCAUCGUGAAGCCACCGAUAUAGCAAUCUAUUGUCUGUUUAUGCAAAUGUUUGCAUCUAUGCACUCUUGGGAAUCACAUUCAUUUUGUUUUUUUGGCCAUUUUAGGCCUUUAUUUGUGUAGGACAGCUUAGAUUUGAAAGGGGAGAGAGAAGGGGAAUGACAUGCAGCAAAGGGCCGCAGGUCGAACCCACGGCCGCUACGUCGAGGAGUAAACCUCUAUACAUGGGCGCCCGCUCUACCAGGUGAGCUAACCAGGCGCCCAUCACAUUUAUUUCUAGCAGGAUAAGUGUCUGCUUCCUACCCGAUCAUUUUUCUAGAUUACACUGUGUCAUCGAGACAAACUCUGUACAAGGAUUCAAAUCAUGGACCUCAGACCAGACACUUUCCCUGAUUAGAAAAAAAAGAAAAUACAUUGUUCUAAUAACUGGUUUCAGAGUGUAAAAGAGCAAGCAGUGCACUUUUUUAGGAUGGCAUGUCUGAGCCAUUUCCUAGAGACGUUGUAGACAGCAAUAGCUAUAAAGUGGAGGACACUCAGGGGCAUAUAUUCACUGAUCAGACAGUGGUGUUUAACAUGGAAACCACCUGUGGUCAACCUGAUGACCAAAGGGAAUUUGACCAUCCUCCAUGGCUGUAUAUAUGCAUCCCCGCCAUCAUGGUUUCCACUGACUGUGUACAUGUGUCUGCAUAGAGCUGGAAAUAGAAAGUCAACAGCUGAGAGGCUGCACGUGAGAGACUUUUUUAUUCCGCUCAUGCAUUAAUAUACAUUUAUGACCCAAAAAAUAAAAUCACAAUUACAGGUUUAAAACUGAAAUGCAAACAGGUCGAGGAAGUGCAGAGUUUUGGGUAAUUUCACAAGAGACCAAAUGACAUGUCUGCAUUGUGUAUGGAACAUGAAAUCAGAAUAGUUUUUUACCAACAUCAUCCCUAUUAGGGAACAUGAAAGAUGUGUCAUCCAAAUAAUAACACACAAACUCCAGUGUGUACAUGUAUGGUAUGGAAAUCUUGUAUAUAAACUUAAACACAUAUCAUUAAGUUAGAUGACAUUUGAGAUGUAUUUGUCUAUUUUUGUUGUAAUUUAGUCAUUAAGGCUAACCAUAACUAAGUAUUUCUUUAUCUUGAUGCAUUUUGGGAGACGCCAAUAGGGGCUGGAAUAGUAACUAGUGUGUUUGGCUGGAUUGCUUACAAGUUUUUGCUGUACGUUUUUGGCCUAGGGGUGAGUGACUAAUUGCAGUGUAGAUAAAUAGUGAAUUAUGAGCAUGUUGGAAGGGAUUAUGUCUUUGUGAUGCCCUUGCCAAGAUGUCUGCAGUUUUUCUCGCCGAAUGAGGUUUUUGUGGGACUUUUUCAUUCUUCUCACUGGGGGUCUGAGAGUUGUGUUAAUUUAAUGUUUCAUAGUGUGGGUGUUAGGCAGCUCUCUGAGAGUGUAACUGGGA